AUGGCCCAACUCUCGCUCAUUCUUCUCCGUGAACCCGAUUGGCGAAGAGUUUCAUCGGUUUUUAUUCUAAAUGAUUGGAAAGAGUUCCCAAGCUUGUAUAAGAGAAAUCCCUAUCUACGAUUCGUGGCUUACAUUCUUACAAUGCUGCUGUCUGAUGUCUCUUGUAGCGGUCCAUAUUUCUUUCAUGAUGAUUUAUAUUUAGAUCGGAUGCAAUCGCCUCAAGAACUUGAAUCAACGGAAAUUGAAUCAAGCGCAAACACAUCAAGAAUGGAAAGUACUCCUGAAGUGGUUGUUAUCGGAUCAAAUGAUGGAGACGACGUUGUAGCAGCCGUUGAUGGUGGUAGAGAAAAAACCAACAUAGUCAACAAUGAAGAAUCUACUCCAUAUGCUAAAAGGAAAAGAAAGAAGACUUCAGGAGUUUGGGAACAUUUUCGCUUGGUGAAAUUGGCUAAUGGAACUGAAGUUUGUGAGUGCAUCCAUUGUGGUGAGAAGAUAAAGAAACUUAAAGAUGGAACCACCACACCAUUGCAUAGGCAUAUUAGUGAUUGCCCAAAGUUAAAAGCCGUCAACACCAUUCAUCCAGGUCAGUUAAAGUUAAAGGUUGUGCCGGGGAAAUUAGAUUCUUCUAUGGUCCAAAACUGGAAAUUUGACAAUAGUAGGAUUAGAGAGGUUGUUUGUCAUAUGAUUAUGGUUCAUGAGUUGCCAUUUAAUUUUGUUGAGUAUGAACUAUUUAAUGUGGUUAUGAAAGAAGCUAACUCCGGGUUUAACAAGAUUUCACAUGCAUCGACUAAGCAAGAUUGUGUUGCUAGUUAUGAGAUAGGCAAGAAAAGAAUCAAGAAAAUGUUAAGCGCUGUCAAUCGUGUGAGUAUAACAACUGAUAUGUGGACGUCGGUGCAAAAUAUUCAUUAUAUGGUUGUUACUUGUCAUUUUGUAGAUUCCGAUUUCAAGCUUAACAAAUGCAUAUUGAGUUUUGUUGAUGUACCACCACCUUAUUCUGGACUAUGUAUAUAUGAUUCCCUCUUUAAGUGUUUAAAAGAGUGGAAUAUUGAGACAAAGGUUGCUACUUUGACGGUUGACAAUGCUACAACUAAUGAUGUGGUGGCAACAAAGUUGAUGGAAAUUAUGAACUUUCAGAAAAAGCUUGUUGUUGGGGGGAAGUUAUUCCAUGUGUGGUGUUGUGCACACAUUCUCAAUUUGUUGGUUCAAGAUGGUUUAUCGAAAAUUAAAGACAUUAUUCACAAUGUUCGUGAGAGUGUGAAACACGUGAAUGCCUCUCCGGAUCGAUUGCAUAUAUUUAGCGAACUUUCCAAGAAAAUGACCUUAUCAAAGAAGCAUUUGAUCUUAGAUGUUAGUACCCGAUGGAAUGCUACGUAUGCUAUGUUGUCUACGGCCUUGGAGUUUAAAGACGUGUUUGUAAAUUAUGCCGAUCGAGAAUCGACAUACAAGACCUUGCUGAUCUCGGAAGAUUGGGACAAAGUUGAAGUUAUUUGCUCAUUCUGGGGGCUUUUCAACGAGGUUACAAAAAUAAUUUCAGGCUCCGAAUAUCCCACCUCUAAUUUGUUUCUUAGUGAGUUGUAUGGAAUUAAAGAAGCAUUAGAUGAUUUGUCUUUAGAUGAGAGUAAAUAUAUGAGAGAUAUGGCUCUCAAGAUGAAAAAGAAAUUUGACAAAUAUUGGGGUACUUGUAAUCUGUUGAUUUCCAUUGGUGCUGUUUUAGAUCCUAGAUACAAGAUGAAGUUGGUUGAGUUCUCUUUUAGUUUCAUUUAUUCAGAGGAUGAGGCACCUAAGCAAAUGAAAAUUUUUCAAGAUACUCUUACUAAAAUGUUUGAAGAGUAUGUUGAACAACAUAAAGCGGCUAAUGUUGUUCAAAUGAGUAGUGCACCUGACAAAAGUGAGAGUGGAGUUAAGAGUGGUUAUAACAAGUUAAGUUCUAGAGUUGGUAUCAAGAGUGGCACGACAAAGUAUGAUCAACAUAUCAGAAGCGUUGACACUUUUGCAAGUGUGAAGUCAGAGUUAGACAUUUAUUUAGAAGAAGGCGUGUACAUUGGUGAUUCAGGUUUGGGUCCAAACACAGUAGAGUUUCAAUACCAUCAGCAUGAACUUCACCUUUAUAGUGCAAUUGGUAUAAUUGCCCCCGUCGAAACUAUUCAAGUUUCACAAGCUCUUGAUUCAUUUAACGAAAGUUGA